AUGGAAAAAACUUCUCUAUUUUAUGCUGAAGAGGAAGAAAUUGAUCAUCGGGAUGCUCAGAAAGAUUUACAGCUCUACAAGGAAUCUUGCAAUGAAAUUCUCAAGUUAAUCCAGAAUAUUAAAGAACUGAAAGCUGUUAAAACUAAAGAAGCUGCUGCAGAAAUUGAGGAACAUAAGAGUAAUGCCGUCUUGCAGUUUGUCCUCUUGAAAAAAUUGAACAGACUUGCACACAUCAGAUGCAAAAAAGUACGAGAAUCUACAAAUGAGGGUAAACUUCAAAUUGAUCAAUAUCACUUACAGCUCCAAAAUUUGUUAUAUGAAGCCUUUCAUCUCCAGAAGGAAAUUACCAAGUGCCUGGAGUUCAAGUCCAAAGAUGAAGAAGUUGAGUUGAUAUCUGUCGAGGAAUUUUAUAAAACAGCCCCAGAAGAGAUUUCCAAGCCACAAGAUACACUAGAGGACCCACAUCAGCAAACUCUGGCCCGACUAGAUUGGGAAUUGGAGCAAAGAAAAGAGCUUUCUGGAGAGCUUGGCAAAUCACAAGAAAAAAAGGAAAAGUUAUUGAAAGAAAUCACAGAGAGUCAAGAAUACCUUGACAGUAUGCAGCCCAAAUUGAACUCCAUUCUUCAGGCUACAAAACCAGUCCAAGAAUACCUGAACAUGCCUUUUGAUGACAUCCGACACAAACAUCAGACUGCUCGGCAUCUUCCUCAACCCUUGUAUGUUUUAUUCAUGCAAGCAAGUUCUUAUCAAGAAGCUUGUGAUCCACAUCUUAGUGUCACUCUAGAGGGGGACCAGGAAGCUGCCCGUUCUCUUGACAUGGAAGCAACUUUUGAUGAUCUGGAUUCUGACAACAGUGAUAAUGAUGAUCAAGACAAACACAGUUCAAAACAUCGACGGAAAACCACAGAAUCUCGCAAGUCAGAACGAAAAGAGCAAGCAUUACGGAAACAUCCACUCACAGUCAUCCUUACAAUUGGCUGCACAGAUGGCAGUUCUGUUGCUUUGACCUUCAGCUAUGUCCUCAUGUUGAACAUCAUCACAGUGGAGGUGAAGAUACAACCAGGUCCACAUGCCAUCACACAUUCCAUUUGUGGAGGAGAUUUACUGUUACCUGACAAAUUCUUGUCCUAUCUUUAUCCUGGUGAUCAUGGUUGUGACACUCCUAAUCCAGCCAAUCAAUAUGUCCUGAAAAAACUUGGUUUAGGGGAUUUCAGUCAUCAUCUGAACCAUAUUGGUCACCCAUAUAUGUGGGCUCAGUGGCUUGCAGGACUGCAGUUUCUCAGUGAUGAUGCCAAAAAUGGAAUUUCUCUCAGUGCUAGUCACAUGCAGAACACCAUUCAACUGCUGCGACAUCGCAUCAAAUCCAGACUCUCUUUACUCAAACAAUUGGUCUCAUUGGAAAGGUCUUCCAUCCCGGUCUGUGGAGAAUAUAUGAACUUAUUUCCCGUUAAGAUUAUCACCCAACUCUCUUCUUGGAGACGCUCAACAUUUGAGGAUUUUGCUAACCUGCCCUAUACCAGCAAUUUGAUUCAAGAAGGUUUGGCUCAACAAUCGGAUCUCUAUUUCUGUGCAGUUUUUGAAAGGAGCUCAGCUCGACUGAUUUGCCAUGUCAUUGUGGCCCCGAAUUACCCUGUGGUUGCCCCUGUCUUUUCCCUCUGUGUACAUUGGCAGACUAUCAGAACGGCCCUCAAUGACUGUCAUGUACAGGAAAUGGAGAGUGAAGUGAAUGUCCAUUAUGAAGAACUUGUUCACCCUGAGUCACGUGACCAAAUAUUAUCCAAUCAACUGCAGCGUAUCUGCAUGUGUUUUGAUGUCUAUUUAGAAACUGAAUCAAAAAACAUGGCCCGGGAAGGUCCGCUUGAAAUCUCCAGGGAAAAGAUUUAUCCUCGUCUAGCCAGAGGACCCAAUCGAAACAAAACCUUUCAAGUAUGA